UGUGUUUGCCUCCUCAGGUUCUUCUGCACACACGGAGCAUCAAACAGAGGAAGACGAGCCAUUGGCUCCGAGGAGUUGAUGACGGAGCGAGCGCACUGUCUUCUCCAGGAGCGCAUGAGCCUACUCUCUUUCACUCACACUCACACUGCACCUCCGUCCAGUGGGAUGAGACCAGUGUGUCGGACUGGGAUGAGCCUUUAAGUGGCGAACUUCCUCGUUUUCUAUUAUUAUUUUUUGUUUGUUUUGGAGGCGGAGAGCUGUUAGGACGAGCGCGUUUGACUUCCCAGGAGCGCGCAGAGUGGCACACGCUGGAACAAAAAAAGCAGGUCGGUGCAACGAGUGCAGCGCAGGCAGGUUUCCGUUUUAAAAGCAGCAGGAGAGGCAGGAGAGUUACGGAGUCCGCGGGGGAAAGCGGUGUCGUUUGCGUGACAAAGACGGGACACCUCUCUUAAAACGACCGGGAUAUUAAGAAGAAGAAGAAGAAUCGGCGGCGGAACUUGGGGGAUAUGGCGGGUGUGAAGACGGCCGACCUUCUCGUUGGAGUUGUUUUAGUUUUGCAGCUUGUGGGGAACGUCCAAGCCGAGAUCACAGCCAGUAACGGGCUCUCUUACUCAUAUACGGAGGGGCAGGCAGGAGAUGAGGACGCAACAGUGGACGUGAAGCUGUACAGUCACCGGUGGAGGAGAUGGGUCCCCCCGAAACCCCGUAACAUGGACAGCAACAGGGCCAGUCAGGAGCAGGACCAGGACCCUGAGCAGGAAGACCCUGAGGGGUUCCCGGGUCUGCUCUCAGCGGAGGAAACAGACAACAGCUCCCAGAUAGAGGAGGACACAGAUCACAACUACUACACAUCGAAAACAUACAGCCCGUCCGAUCCAAUGAGCAAGGACUUGUGGGUAAAUAUCGACCAGAUGGACAAAGAAAAAGUGAAGAUCCACGGCAUUCUGUCCAACACGCACAGACAGGCAGCGAGAGUUAAUCUGUCCUUCGAUUUCCCUUUUUAUGGACAUUUCCUGCGUGAAAUCACCGUGGCGACUGGUGGGUUCAUCUACACAGGUGAUGUGGUCCAUCGGAUGUUAACAGCUACACAGUACAUCGCUCCUCUAAUGGCCAACUUUGACCCAAGUGUCUCCAGAAACUCUACAGUCAUCUACUUUGACAACGGUACUGCUCUGGUGGUGCAGUGGGACCACGUCCACCUACAGGACAACUACAACCUGGGAAGUUUCACCUUCCAAGCCACGCUGCACAACACCGGCAGGAUUGUCUUUGCAUACAAAGAGAUCCCCAUUGAGGUGUCACAGAUCAGCUCUGUCAAUCACCCGGUGAAGGUGGGCCUGUCUGAUGCCUUUGUGGUGGUCCACAAGAUCCAACAGAUACCCAACGUGAGGCGGAGGACAAUCUACGAGUACCACCGCGUGGAGCUGACGAAGACAAAGAUCACCAAUUCUACCGCUGUGGAAAUGAUGCCUUUACCCACCUGUCUCCAGUUCACCAGCUGUAGCGCCUGCAUCUCCUCACAGAUCAACUUCAACUGUAGCUGGUGUCAUCGCCUCAACAGAUGCUCCAGUGGCUUUGACCGCCAUCGGCAGGAUUGGGUGGACAACAGCUGCCCAGAUGAGACCAAGGACAAGAUGUGCGACAUCAUCGACACCACAUACCUCUACCCUUUCACCACCACUAUUGUCGCCAAAACAACAUCCAGGAGCAAAGAGGCCACUGCAGGCAGAGACACAGCCUCCACCUCCCACCCUCCCACCAGUGUCCCUACUGAAGAUGAUACAAAGAUCGCUCUGCAUCUCAGAGACAACCAGGCAGACGCGGUUGACAGGAUGCCAGGUACACACCCUCUUCACACCGGUCUGAUCCUCGGUAUCCUGCUGGUGAUGCUCAUCAUGGUUGCUGGCGUGCUGGUCACUGUCUACAUCUACCAUCACCCCACCUCUGCUGCCAGUCUCUUCCUUAUUGAGAGACGCCCGAGCAGGUGGCCAGCCAUGAAGUUCCGCCGGGGGUCAGGUCACCCAGCCUACGCAGAGGUGGAACCGGUGGGCCAGGAGAAGGAGGGCUUCAUUGAGUCUGAGCAGUGCUGAGGGAGGAAGGGGCGUCCACAUCCCUGCAGCUCCCCUCCCCUCCCAACUCCCCUCUCCUAUGCCAGCCCUCCUCCCUCCUGCUCCACAGGGACUUCUCACCAGGAACCUCCAGGAUCUGCUUAUCACCGGAGGAGCUCGGUGUACACAAUGACUCGUUAAGACUGUCGUACCGGCCCAUUGAGUGCUAGAUGAGACUGGAUACAGCAGCCAACAAUAUGGGGAAGUGAGAAAACCCUGAAAACUGAUCCCAGACAAACGCGUUGUUCAGCUCCUGUUGGAAAGGAACUGACCUGCCGGGGACAGAGGGAGGGAACAGCAUUGACGUCAUCGACUCAGUCAGCAUUGGUUAAGAGUUUGUACGGCCGCUGUCAUGUUGCCAUGGAGGGAUUGUACAGCCUGACUGCCUAGACUGCUGCUGGUGUCUUAGGGGGGAGCAGGGUGAAUUAUACAAUAUAUAUUUUCAGAAACAAUACAGAGUAUGUGAACAGAGAUUUCCACUUUAUUGUUGGUGGGGUUAUACAGUAUAGGCCUUUGUAUAUCCAUCAGGUUUUUACUUCUUUUCCUUUUUCUUUCAGUUUGUUGUUUUCGCAGGGGUUGGCACAUGUAUCUGUAUAGACCGUCUGUAUUGCUUUUCAAUACAAUAGCAGGCUUAAUUGAGUUUUCCACAGCCAGCUCUACACAGAGAGGCUGUGGCUGUGCGAUAUGACGUGAGCUGAACUCCUGUCACUGCGAUCGAUCGCACCACGGAGUAAAGCUCUGAACAUUCAGCAUUGUGUUGAAUUAGGUUGUAAUGUUUGGCUGGUUUCAUUUACUGAAAAUGAAGUGUAAGAUGUUGUUUUGUUCACUGAAAAUAUAUCAGUGGGGUUUUUUUUUUUUUUGAGUGGGUGAUGGGCACACUCUAUCCUUUAAUUUGACUGGUUCUUGAUUGAUUCCCUACGUCAUUGAUACCUUUUUUUAGUGUUAUUUUUGCAUUUUAUUUUACAUUACUGCCGUGCCAUUUUGCCCCUGACUAGGGUUUGCACAAUUUUUUUCCAUGCACAUUUUUUUCUCAUUUGACAUGUGGUACUAAUGCAAAAUUGCAAGACAGGCGCUUGUGAGUGUGAAUAUAUUUUCUAAAGUGUAAGUGAUUUCCUGUGUGUGUGAAUGUGUGUGUGAAUGCAAAAGAGAGCAGUUUACAGUAGUGAUUGGAUAUCCACCUGCUUUAUGGGUGCAUAUGUUUGAGCUGGCUCUGCACAGUUGAUUCUUAUUGAUUUGAAUCUGAGGUAUCUGGAUACAGUUUGUGUGAGCCAGAAAACACACUGGUCUAGUCGGAGUUUUUCUUGAUUUUACAGUGUGGUUUCUUUUUCCAGUAUGUUGCCAGCAUAACCAGUUCCAUGUCCAUGUUUAACAAUUAUGAUUGACUCAUCUGUAUCAACACAUUAAUGUAUAUACCAAGGCCAAAACAUUUGCAGAUUCAGGUAACUCAUGGCAAACAUUUGUAGUAUAGCAGUAAUAGUACUGAAAAACUUUUUUAUUUUUAUUUUUUAUGAGUGGCCUUUUUUUCUGUACUUUUUUACUUAAAUGUGAACACUGUUCCAAUCAUUGCUGUCACAGAUCAAAACACAAGGCUUCAGACUGAGCAAAUUCAAACACUCAUUUCUACUGUUAAAUAUUAUUUCAAGGCAAAAUCAUUUUUUACACCUUUGGUGGCACAUUUCUGCCAAUGUAAUGGAAAAUAGAUCCUGAAGUCAUUAUAAUGACCCAGGAUCUUUUUUUUUCUUCUAAUUUUGUCACAUUGGCUGAAAUGGGCUUUCAUAUACACCAAUGAUUGUAGACUCGUUUUACAGACAUGAUCAAUUUCCUGGAAUUCUACUGAAAAAUUAAACGUGCAAUAUUACACCCGUUCAGUUUGACACUGAAAAUGCACCUGGAUAAUUUUUUAUUUUAUUUUAUUCCCACCUUGUCGCCAUCACAUUAAGACCAAAGACUAAUCAGCAUCUGAGUGCGCUAUAUUCUCAAAUAUUUACCUCAGACUCCCCACAGCCUCCACACCUCAUUAUUCGGCAUACCACCAUACAGAACAUACCAAUUAGUGGUGUGUAUAGAGAUUCGGUGAUUGUUUUGCUGCCAUUUACAAUGUCGUUUCUCUAAACCCCUCCCCCGAACACUGAUUGUCCAAUUAAAGCUUUGGAAUACGUAACUAAUUGACUGUUAUAACACACAUGUCUAAGUCUGUAAAAGAUCAUUAAACACAGUGUUUGAAAAAGGUCGUUUUAAAAUACUUUUAUCGUGGAGAUAUUUUCAAGUUUAAAAAAAAAAAAAAGAUUUGCACCCCUCUCUCAACUAAGAUGGCAGCCCCCCAGCUACCCGGAUAGAUAACAGUUUAAACGUUUUUGUCGUUCGGGGGACGGAAUAAUUGUCACCCAGUUGGUUAGAGAAGUUUCACUACUUUGAAAAUACCGUCAGAACAGCGGUAAGUGUCUUUUGUUCAUUAUCUUUUACAUAAACCGAAUGUGACCACCCGAGAUAGUUACGUUUGCCAUACCAGUUGUUUGAUUAGUCCUAAAAGCCAAUGUCAAAAGUGAAGACAAACUUUGAAAAAACCACAGGUGGACAAAGGAAUUGCGAGCUUAGAAUCUAAACGCGGGUUUUUGGCCAGAAACGAGGAGCCUGCUUUUGCCUAACACCGUCUGAAAUCUAAAGCGCCACUGUUUGGAAUGUUUGAAUUACUCAACCACCAUUAACAUUUAAACUAUACAUGUGACGCACGUUCGAGAACAGAAAGCUUGAAGAUAGCAACUGUAACCAAGGAGGUGGGGCUUAGCUAACGGCAGACAUAUUGAAUAUAAAUGUGAUGUCAUUCUCUAAAUACAUUUUCAUUAACACAUUCAUAAUAACCCUGCAUACCCAAAGAUACACACAAGACUCGUCAUGUAUAAUACCAAAUUAGGGACUCGCUUGCUGUUUUAAUUCACCACACAAACCCUUCAUCAUUACUACACUGAACUCUUAUUGUGGUCUCAUUGGUGUCAACCAGAGAGUACAAACCCCCUUUUCAAAUCCUGUUUCAUGACUUCUCAUAACUUCCUUGUGCGAUUGUAAUUUAAAAGCAUACAGGAGAGAACGGGGGUUUAGUUUAACGGGCCAAUCGAUGGCUUCUCCAUGCCUACAGAUAUUAGUAAAAAAAUAUUGUUAGAUUGAUCCCUGUGGGGAAAUGCUCUGUGCAAUUGCUUGGGACAUCUGCUUGUUGUGCACUGCCACCUGAAACUGCAAGUGUUUUUAUAACCACUCUCAAAAUGCAGUCAGACAAAGUGGCUGAUGGUUGAAUUUGUUUGCAUUAAACUCGUCUGCAAAAGCUGAAACACUUUGAUCAUAUAACAGGAAGGUGUUUAGCAGCAAAACCUUCACUCGCUUCACUGGACUUGACUAAUUGCUUUCACUCCCACUUUUUUAACAUGUUAUUUUAGAUGAUGAGAAGCAGCAUAGUGGUGAUGUUGAGAUAGGUAACUGCUGUGUGCUGUUCUUUACUCUCUGACCUAUUAGUUGGAUUGAAUGACAAUUGCCAGAGCUGAAUGUAAAGAGCUCAAUGUAAAGAAAUAAGAAUUUGACUUUUUUUUCCGGCUGUGACCUUGGUUUUAUGUUUUCAUGACACUCCAUAGCACACAAUAAGACUCAAGAUCACACAGUAUCAUGGCUGUCUGUAAUUUCUGUAACUACUGUUGUUUUGAUUACAUUUGAAAUAAUAAACAAUGUUGUUAAAAACA